AUGCCCAGCGGAAAGACCCAGCUAUUGACAUCACACAGCGGUCCGAUCUGUUUCAUGUCCAUGCUGACCUUGGUACUGUUGUGGCCACCCGUUCAAAGCCUUCCUAGUGUCCCGAAGCAAUCCUGGAGGUCAUUCGACGCUAUUGGCACCUUUCUACUCAUUUCCGCCGCAGUACUCGUCGUAUUUGCCUUUCAAAACGUGGGCGAGUCUAACAAUGGCGUGUGGUCCAGCGCCGUCUUUAUUGCUCCCCUGACGAUUGGUACAGCUAGCUGGGUGAUGCUCUUCGCAUGGCAGUAUUUCAUCAACCAGCGAAUGAAGGGGCGCAUCUCACCAACAUUUCCCGUCGCACUUUUUCGCAAUCGACUAUAUGUAUCGGGCAUCCUUACAACGUUGGCCACUGGCUAUCCACUGUUGCUCAUUAUUUUUUCCUCCACUACGAGGGUUCAAGUGGUCAGCGGAAAGAGUGCGCUGAUUAGCGGCGUGAUGCUACUGCCGAUGCUGGGCACCAUUGCCAUAGGAGGCAUGAUUGCCGGCAAGGUCAACCAAGCCAAAUACCGUGUAUCCGAAACCAUCAUCGCCGGCGCUUGUCUUGUGCUUCUCGGGUGCGGGCUUCUGGCGACGGUGCGCGGCGCUGCAGAUGAUGCAAAGGCUCUGGGGUUCCUUGUCUUUCCUGGGCUCGGAUUCGGUCUGUUGACUACUGCGGCUACCAUCAUGGCAACAGUCGAGUCAUCUCCUCAAAACCGCGCAUCCGCACAGGGAGCGUUGGCACAGCUCAGAAUGUUUGGUGGUAGUCUGGGCAUUUCUGUGUCGACGGUGUUGCUGCAUCGCGAGAUGUCCAAACUUUUAAGCAGCCCUUUUAGCCCCCGCGGUCUAUCAGCCCUCGGCGGCGGUGAGGUGCGUUUGUCGGCUAGUGAAUGGGAUGCAGUGCGCACGGCAUACUCGGAAGCUUUUCGCAAGUGUAUGUUAUCUGCCACUGCGGUAGCUGCAGCCGGUGUCUUGUUCGCUAUAGGAGGCAGUUGGCGAGAAAAGAAGCCGAGAAGAACAUAG